AUGGAGACAUAUAAUUUAACAGGAACCUUGGAAUUUCUUCUGCUUGAUCUGUCAGAGGACACUGAACUGCAGUUCAUCUUCUUUGUAUUGUUCCUGCUCAUAUACCUGCUCACUGUACUUGGAAAUGUGCUCAUCAUCUUGGCCAUUAGCUCUGAUUCUCAGCUCCAUAGUCCUAUGUACUUUUUCCUCUACAACCUUUCAUUGUCUGACAUGGGCUUCAGCAGCACCACAGUCCCCAAAAUGCUGAUAAAUAUGCAGACUCACAACAAAUCCAUAACUUAUGCAGGCUGCUUAACUCAGGUAUUCUUCUUCAUUCUUUUUGGGGGUAUGGACAGCCUAUUACUGACUGCAAUGGCCUAUGACCGAUGGGUAGCCAUUUGUCACCCUCUACACUACCAAGUCAUUCUCAACCCUCGUCUGUGUAGAUGUUUGCUCAUACUUUCAUUUUUCAUUAGUGUUUUGAGUUCACAGGUACACUGCUUGAUGGUGUCACAAUUAACAUUUUGCACUAAUAUGGAAAUCCAUCAUUUCUUCUGUGAUGUUCCAGAACUUCUAAAACUUUCCUGUUCUGACUCCUUUAUCAGUAACAUAGUUAGGAUUAUUUUAAGCAUCAUUCUUGGUUUCCUACCCAUGUCAGGAAUACUUUAUUCCUACUAUAAAAUAACUUCCUCCAUUUUUAAAUUUCCAUCACUGUUAGGGAAAUAUAAAGUCUUCUCUACUUGUGGAUCUCACCUAUCAGUUGUUUGCUUAUUUUAUGGAACAGGUAUAGGUGUGUACCUUAGUUCAACAGUUUCUAGUUCUUACGGGGAAAGCAUGGUGGCUUCGGUACUAUAUAUCAUGGUGGUUCCCAUGAUAAACCCCUUCAUCUACAGCCUGAGGAACAAGGACAUCAAAAAAGCCCUUCAGAAAAUUGUCAGACAAAUAUUGUAG